UCCUAUGGCCAUGACAAGCCCUAUUUCCCAUUAUUUUCUCACUUAAUAUUGAAUUAUGACAUGACGCAGCGGCGAUAAGAGAAAGUAGGGAGACACCAAAGAAAGAAAGAAGAAAAGAAAAGGAAAAAGGAGAGCAAGAGAUGCCGCAGCAGCCGAUGAAGGACAUCAACGAUAACGUUGCCAUGGAAUCGCAUAUUUACGAGAAUUUGCCGGGUCUGGGCGUGACCUCCUCCCCCAAAGGUCAUCUUAAUCCGGAUUUGCGAAAGUAUUUUCCACGCGAAACGAUCUAUGAGAAUUUGUGUCGCGGCUGCGGUUAUGGGGUAUUUGCCGCCCAAGGACCUUACUGUCAUUUCUGUCAGUGUAUUGUGAGUGGAGGCGUGGUUAGUCCACCUCCGCCUACUUCUUCACAACCACCCCUUUCGCCCAUUCCCGCCGAGAGUUCGAACAUCUAUGAGAAUAUCUGCGAUUUGUGCCGUGGAAUUUACAGUGACAACGAACGGUGUCAGUGUCAGAGGUCAGUGACGCCAACUAUUACUAGCACACCACCCACACCGCCCACCAAGGUCAAGUCGCGCUCGCUCUUGAACUAUUCCAAGUCAAGUGCCGCGACCUUGACCCGUCUCUUUGGCUCUCUUAAGCAACUCAAUCGCUCUUCAUCGCUGCAGCGCAGGAUAUUCCCAAGAACGCCGACAAAUGGCAGUGGCUCUCUCGAGAUCAUUCAUAACGUCGACGAGGUCUUUCGCACCCAGGAGACCUUUGACCUCCAACGCAUUUGCGAACUCAAGCUGGAGCAGCAGCAGCAACUUAAGAGUAGCCAAAGCGAUCAGCAUAUCUAUGGGCGAGUUAGAGAACCAGAAGAGAGUCAGAAAAGAGAUCGCAAGAAGCCGCGUGUAUCGCGCAUUCGAAUGCUGCAGGACGAAAGAGCGGCAGAAGAGGCAGCAGCAUCAACAUUGGCUUCAUCAUCGUCAGCAGCAUCCUUGUAUCUCAACGAGAGCAUCUGCCAGUGGAUGACGUCACUGAGGCGGCAAGUUCAUCACUACGAUGAAGGGGCAUGGCAGCAGCCGAAAAGCGUGCCAGCACGAGAUCAUUUGUCCUCUGAAGAGAUCACAGUCACACUACGAAGGACCAAAGAAGAGAGACCACCUGUUGACGAACAGAACAUGGUCAAGGACUUUAAGAGAAAGCUGCAAUUAAAGAGAGAGCCCAGCGAACCGGAAAAAGAACAAAAACGUUGUGCCAUUACCGCUGAAAUUGUGAAUGAUUAUCUAAGUGCUCUUACCGAAGAGAAACCACAAAUGCAACAAGUAGCGUUGAUUCGAGAGCCAACAAUUGAAGUAACUCUCCAGCCACAAAUCUCUCUCUUUUGUUUAAUGCAAAGCCUUGCUCUUUCGGCCAGUUUGCACGUGUGUGUGCGUGGCUUUUUCACUACCUAUGACAAAUCGCUUAAGUUGUUGUUGUGGCAGCAAAAGCAACGACAACAACCGAUCAACGGUUAUCGCCGACUGAGAGGAGCGCGUGACUCAGUUAACGAAUGGCGAUUGCUUCUCUUCUUCGGCAGCGAUCGUUGUUCGGACUCAGUUUCGCCAGCGCGUUCAAAGAGUCGAGCGAUUUCGAAGAGUGAGGACGUGUGUGCUGCUGCCGCUGCGCGACGUCGCGCAUUCCGAAGUACGAAACGAAGCGUUAAGCGCGGCGACGAGAUUGUGGGUGUGGGUGAGGGAGUAACAGAAGGCUGGAGCGGGGGCGAAAGCCUUCUCAUUAUCACCAAAACCAGCGAAAAUAUUAAUAAUAAUAAUAAGAACAACAGCGGCAGUAAUAGAGCUUUGAUGGCGGCGCCAAAGCCACACGAUGAGGCAGAGCGCCCCGUAACAAACAACAACAACAACAGCAGCAGCAACAACAACAAUUGCAGCAGCAGUAACAGCAGCAACAACAAUAACAACAACGACAACAAUCACAUCAAUCACAUUUGUGACAAUGAAAGCGGCAACAACAAUAACAACAACAACAACAGCGCAGGCAAUUGCAAUGUCAGCGAGCAACAACAACAACAACAACAGCAAAACACACAGAACUGCGUGAUCAAGGUUCGUCGUCCGGCGCCCAAAGUUCCCGUACGUAAUCCCAAUACUUCCUUGAGUAAUCCCCGCCAGACAGACGCAACACCAGCCAAGGUGAACGGUCAGGAAAAGGAUGAAGUCAUUGUCAAAUCGCUUGUAGACGAGAAUCCAGAAGAGGAAGAGGAGGAGGAGGAAGAAUCCAUUUACCAACCCAUUUGGCAGUAUAAAACCAUGGAACCCGCCGAUCAGGAGAUAAUCCAAGCCCAAGAUGACGAUGAGGAGGAGGAGGAGGAUGAAGACGAUGACGAAGAGGAGGAUCUGGGGGACUACGAUGAAUCCCUGCCAUCUGAUACAGAUGUGAUGGCUCUCAAGGCUGCGGCGGACUUUGCCGCUGGAGUUCGUCACAAAGUGUCAACCUCAACGUUGACCAAGCGUUCCAAACUGAUGAUACCAACGCCCCUGCCUUCACCUACUGCCUCCAUGGAUCAAGGGGCAUGGGAGACGGACAUGGAGUUCAUGUAUUCGCGGGAGAACAAGGAAGAGGAGGCGGAAGCUGAAACGAUCAGUUUGGGUAGCACAGUGACCAAUAGCACAGCUACCUUGGGUUCGAUUAGCAGCACUGGCAGUAGUGCUAGGCUACCAGCAUCCUCAAAGAAUCCAGCAGUGGAUCAACAGCCAACAGUGGUGGCCACCGAGAUUGUCCCCCUAGUGCAUCCGAUCCUCAGGAAUAUAUGCAUUUUCUACAGCUUAAACGAUCCCAAAAAGUAUAGCGCUAUAUUCUAUGACUACCAUCGGUCGUUGGUCCACCAGCGCUUCAUGACCCGCAUUCGUCGACCGGCGCCACCACCUCCAGUUCAGGUCACCCAACCGCCGCAGCGUAACGAUGACAGCGGUUGUAGUUGUGAGGCGGAAGAUCAGGAUGAAACCCGAUCAUUGGCUAUACCUCAACCACUGAAAGAGGAAUGGGAAAGAGCUGUCCUAGCUGCAGGGGCUGUGGCGGGCAAGCGAGGCGUGGCAUCACGAGCGGGACGUAAGCUGAGAGUCCGUUCCAAUGCGAGGCUGCUGAAUACGGAUUCGGUGCUGGCUUGGAGGGAAACGCUGCAGGAUGUCUAUGCUUGCGAGGACGAAGAGGAUAUGAUUGUGCCAGUGACUGACAUUCUGCGGGCGCAGCAAAUCCAGGAGGACAAUGAGGUCCAGCAAACGCAGCAGACGACGAUCCUUCAGCGCUUCAAGAGCGUCUCCAUAGGCAACCUGCUUGAUCUGCCCGGCGAGGAUGACAAGAAGUCUAUCAAGAAUCGCAUGCGAAUGAAGUUCGCUGUCAAUAGCAAUGUUUUUCGCAUCAAUCGCUCGCCAAAGAUCGAGAAGAAGUCGCGUCAGCGUCGUGGUCAGGUGAAUAGCUUGUACCUGGAUGAGCAGAAGUAUCCACUAUUUGCUGCCCCACUCAAUGCCCUGGAGCUCAACAUGACCGAUCAUCCGAAUGUACCACGUUUUGUGGUUGAUGUUUGUGCCUACAUUGAGAAGCCCGAGUGCAUUGAACAGGACGGACUGUACCGGGCAUCGGGUAAUAAAGUGUUAGUGGAUGAGUUACGCAAGAAGCUGACUGCCCUGUACGAUCCCCGUUGGCUGCAAACGGACGAUAUUCAUACGCUAACCAGUCUGCAUAAGCAGUUCUUUAGGGAAUUGAGUGCUCCGCUUAUCACACAGGAAGCCUACGAACGUCUGGGCCGCAGCCUAAACGAUGAAGCGGCCAUCGAGCGUAUGAGCCUGGCCUUUGAUGAUAUGCCAGAGCCAAAUCGCUCAACGCUGCGUUUCCUCAUCAAGCAUUUGACCAGAGUUGCCGCUGCCAGCGCUUCGAAUCGCAUGCCCUCCACCAACUUGGCCAUCGUCUGGGGUCCCUGCCUCCUCAGUGCCAAUCAAAUUCAGUUGGAUAUUGGACGCAUGAAUAUGUUGGCCAAAGUUUUGAUCGAAAACUAUGAUCGCAUCUUUCAUCCGGAUAAUGAACGUCUCGUUUGCUAGGAUUCCCCGCCGCCAAACCAAUCCCGCCCUGCGCUGCCACACGCCCCCAAAAAACUCUAUGCAUCACAAAAUGAAGCAGCGUUAACCCUAUAUAAGUGCCUCAAACAUCAAACAUCACCAUUGUCUCCUUCCAUCAUUUUUUCUCACCAAUCUUAUGUUUAAAAUAAUAUUUUUUUAAAAUGUUUUUUUUUGUCAGCUUUAAUUGUAUGUUUUCCUUUGCUAAUUUUAAUAUUUUUAAUAUUUUAUUUAUUCAUUGGAAAUGGGUUAAACCGCCCAUCAAGAAAAUACUUACCAAAAAGACAGUAGACUAAGUUUAAACUAAAAAGGAAAAUCUAAAUAAUAAUCUAUACGACGAACUUUGUGGCGGUACAGUGAGCACUGCCUGCGGUGAAACCAAUAACAUGACGGAAUAUUAAUAUAUAUUUUUUUUUCUCUCGACAUCAUACUAUGAGAUGUGAUAUUCGCUGCAAAUUGCAAAGCGUGAAUAUAAUUUGUAUUUAUAAAGAUUUAUCUAUAUUAUUAUUAAUAAACCAUAUGAAUUAUACGAAUAAAGUCAAGUACAGUAGAUAGGCUAAACGUGAAUUUUUUUGUUUAAAAAAAGCUUGGAGUAUGAAAGCCAAAAAAUUGUAUAUUUUUUAACUCAAUAAAUAUGAAGGAAAUUAA